UUGAGAAUUUGCACAGGCUGAGUUAUUAUUAUUACAGUAAGAGCUACACUUUGUUCCACAAUCAGGAGAUAUAUUUGGCAGAGAGCAUGGAUUAUUUUCAGUGUCCGGACAAGACAGGAGUUUUCCAAGCUGACCUAUUUAUAUGAAACGACUCUGGGAGCCAAAUGCAUUAACCUGAUUUCAAACUGAUGCAAAGAGCAGAUCUCCAAACUGAUAAAUACAUGACGUCAGAUUGUCACUCUGCCUCCCGCUUGGCAUCUCCACUGCAGCCAUACCUCUGUUAUGUCCCUGGUGACCUCCAGCAGGAGCUGGCCUAUCUGAAAGCACAUGUUUUUCCUUAUUUGGAUUCACUUUGCCAGGCCAGAGGCACAUGCUUCAGACCUGUAGAUAUCCAGCAGUCAAAAAAUGAUGAUAAUGAAGACAGGCAGAGAGGUCACAACCUCCAUCCACACCAAGCGGGCUCCACUGUCUAUCAUCAGCAGUUAAAGAUCAGCUUGGAUCUAAUCAACUCUUCCUCGUCCUUCCUCUGUCUGCUUGGGCAACACUAUGGCUGUUUUCUCCCUGAGGGCGUGUCCUAUUCAUUGGGCCAACCAGAAGGAGAACUACCUCUGUUGUCUGGGUUGGAGCAGAAUCUGCACGGAGCUGUCCGAGGGGGCUAUCCUUGGGUUAUGGAAGGAAAGCAUCGGGCAUGUAGCUCGGUUGAGCUGGAGAUCACCCAGGCUGCGUUCAUGGGCGGCCCCAAGCGCUGCUUCUUCUAUUUUAAAGACUGCACUCCUGGAGGUGAAGGUGAAAGCCGGACGGCACGGUUUCAGAUGGACCUCUCCAGUCAUAGGGAGUAUGAGAGGCAGCGAUUGUGGGACCUGAAGAGUCGAAUCAUAAACACCUGCCUACCUGUCAGAUUCUUUAGGAACUUGCAGGAACUUGAGGAGCUGGUGAGAAAAGACUGGGAAGGCAUCAUAGAUCUUGUUCACCAAGUUCCAGCUCAGCGCUCCAUCUCAGGUUAUCAGGUUUCAGUUGAGGUUUGGCAUCAUCGAAGCCAUAUUCAAGCACUCUGUCAUGCGUUUGUACCCUCGACGCAAACCACAGAGGUUCUGAAAUUACUGAACACAUUUGUGUUUCCUGUAACUCAAAAGACAAAGUUUCAACCUCAUUCAGAUGAUUCAGGGGUUCCGUUAAUGAGUAACACUGAUAAAGGAGAACCAGAGAAGUCCAUUCUGCUGCUCAGUGGAGAGAGGGGUUGUGGAAAGUCAUCUCUGGCUGCUUGGUGGCUCCAGAACUUUAGGAAGAGAAAGCCCAGAGUUCCAGUUAUCCCAUACUUCUGUGGGACCAGCACACCCAGCAAGGACGUCAGGUCAAUGCUAAGGCAGUGCACUGCUGAACUUCGAAAAGUCUUCUAUGGUGAUCUGCCAGAGUGGGCAGAUGGUUUGGAAGGGUGUGUUGAACCCAGGCCUCUGCUUGCAGAGGUACAGGCCUUCACUGCUGCAGCUCAACUGGGACCUUGUGUCCUCCUGUUGGAUGGACUGGACCUUCUCAUAGACACUCUGGGCCCGUCACUACAGGAGGUGAAGGAACUGAGAUGGUUGCCAGUUGCUCUACCUUCUCUUUGUAAGCUGAUAGUCACCACCACCACUACGGAUCUCACUUACAAAAGCCUCUCCAGCAGGUCAGACGUCCAGGUCUUCAUCUGGCCUGGUGUGUCUGACCCAUGCAUCCAACGUAGCGUAUUGCACCGACACUUGGCUUUACCCAGUAAAGAGCUGCCCACCUCACUCCUGCAGAGAAUCAUGAGUAGGAAGCUGUGUCGCCUUCCGGUCUUCCUUGCUGUUCUCGGCAGUGAGCUGCGGACAUGUGGGAUGCAGAGGGACAAAGAGGAGGAGAAUGAGCUGAUAGAGGAGUACAUGGAGGUGGAUUCAGUAUCAGAGUUGUGGGUGAAGGUCAUUCGUCGCUGGGUUAAAGAUUACAGUAGACCUGCUGAAGACUCUACAUUAAGUUCCAAGAGGCCUGAAACAAACACUGUAGCACCCAGACCAGUUUCCUCUUCUCCUGCUCUGGAGCUGAGAGGCUGGGUAUGGGACAUGCUUUGCCUGAUCCACGUCUCUCGAUCUGGGCUAACUGAGGAUGAGGUACUGGCUCUGUUGGAGGAUUUGGGUCACUGUGGUCCUCUGAGGAUCCAGACUUUGGAGUGGGCACGAUUACGCUCUGCUUUUGGACCAUGGGUCCAGGAGAAACCAAAUGGCCUCCUGUGUUUCAGCCAUCAGUCCAUUAGCCAGACCAUGGAGCUGCUGUUGCUGGGUGUUGUGGACCAGCAGAACAGUCGGAGCUACUUGCAUCGUAUCCUAGCUGAGUUCUUUCAAAGGCCCAGCAAGGAACUUGGUGGCUGGUUGAGGAAGCUGGAGGAGCUGCCCUGGCACCUGGAACAAACUGGCUCCUUCGGGGAGCUACAUAGUGUCCUCACCCACCCAGAAGCCCUGGGUUUCCUGUCGAGCAGUGUGAGGCAGUACCCACAGCUAAGGCUCGAUCUUAUUCGCUAUUGGACGCUGUUGAGCCGGAGAGGAUAUGACCCCAUCUCUUCACUACAGACACUGCUUGAGCUGAACGCAGGAUUGUCUUUUGAUGUUCCAGUUUCACCCAUGAGGGAAGAGGAAACGUUCAUUACUGAGGCGCAGACCCAUACAGGUUGGGGACUGCCAGAUAUUGGCGUUGUGGGAGAGUUGGCUCUCUUCUUCUUUGAUUUUCUGCUCGGUUUGGGCAAAAAUAAAGAAGCAGAAAACAUACUGUUACAGACAGCUCUUCAACAGGUGAGCCUGCCGAACAGAAGCGUAAGACGGGGAAAGGUGGCCCGCAGGGCGGAUGGAGACAGUGGGAGAUUACUGCUUGAAGUGCAGCACAUGCUGGCUAAGUUCUAUGUCCACACGCAGCAGCUUGAGGAGGCAGAGAUGUAUUGCAACAAAGGCCUUGAGACAGCAAACUACCUUACAGUUUCCAGUUCUGUCAGAGAGGAGGACAUCAGGAUGAUAAAAGGCCAGUUGCUGUGUUUUCAGUGUCAGCUGGAGCUGGAGAGAGGAGGCCGUUUGUAUUCAGUUCCAGGAAUUUUAAAGGAAAUCGGUAACACUGACCUUAUGUCCGUCCAUCCGUGUGCUGGAGCAACUGUUACUUUAUUGCAGGGCCUUCACAAACGGGGUGUUGGUGAGCUGAGUGCUGCUGAGAGCUGUCUGCAGGCUGCUUUGGCCAGUAGGAGGCGCUGGUAUGGCAGUGACCAUCCCCUGGUUGCAGCGGUGGAGGAGCAGCUGGCCGACAUUUGGACCGACAGCAUCCACACUGACAAAGACUGGACUCAGAGGAGGGCUGCCGAACUGUAUCGUCAUGUCAUCCAUGUAAGACAGGCAGUGACUCAGCGCUGGGGGAUGACCUUCUUCCUGUCCAAGCCCACCCUGCAGGACCUCACUAACACUCUACUCAAACUUGGUAAAGUGUUAAUGCAGAGCACCUGUAAGGCGGAGAAAAGGGAGGCUCUGAGUUUACUGCAAAGAGCUGCUGACCUCAGUCAUCUCCUGAACCCUGGAGACCCGCUCCCCAAACACUUACAACAUGCUAUAAGGACAGAUAUUGCAGGAGAUAAGAAGCCUCUGCUCACAGCAGCUCCCGGAUCAACUGCUAGUUCAACAGGUGGACAAUUCACUGAAUUUCCCACACUCCAUCAGCUACCCCGAGACUCGAGCAGGUCCGCACUGGUCUCUAGACUCCCGGGGAGUGCACCAGCACCUCAGAAGCCAAAGUUGAACCUGGACAAAACACUAACGAGGCCUUGGUCAGCCUUCCAGACCAGUGUGUUUGGGCCUCAGAGUGAUAUCAGGAGUCUGGUGCCCAGAGCUGGUUUGUGUGGGUUGAGGAAGGCCUCGUCUCCGGAGAGCUCUGCAAGAAGGCCUCUGCCUAUCCGCUGCCAUGUCCAGGAAGAAGCCGUAAAGGCCCUUAAUAGACAGAUGGGGACACCUAUUCACAAGAAAUAAGCACAUUAAAGCUGGAACUGCUUGCUUUCCAUACAGUAUCUACUCCUUGUUUAUUCACAUGCUUUAAAUUCAG